AUGCAAGAUUUGGAUCCUGAAGACCCUGAUGCCGCUAGCCACCCCAACUACGAGCAGAUUCAUUUCUUCGGGAAACAAGACAAUCCCGGGGGAACUGGCCGGAUGAAGUACAUCCCGACGAGAUGCCUUCCAGACACCCACUAUGCCUUCCAAGAGAAGAUGCUGGCGGUUGUCGGCCUCAACCGAAAGUUCAGAGGCAAACUGAGCGAGGCCACUUCGGGGAUUGACUACAAUCGGCUAGGAGUAAACGCUGAAAGGGUCAUCUUAGACCGGGCUCCCGCAAUCACUGAUCCGAAGGACCGUCCGCUGCAUCUACAUUCGACAGGCCUUCAGAUUAAGGCUGCUAUAGAUUAUCUAAAGCAGAAGCCUUGGUGGGCCAAACGAGAUCCGUUGAGGCGUUUGCUGCCUGAGGAAGAGCAAGCUGCUCGGACAGCUGAAGAGGUUACUGGGGCAAUUGAAGCCUUAGAAGGAGGGUUAGGAACCUCUGGUGCUGCCGAGCAAGGGACUUCUGCAGCCGAGGCUCAGCCGAGGACUUUGUCUGAGGAAGAGAGCAGAAGGAGAGAGGGGAAAGCUCCUGCACGACCAGAAGAUCCUUCGGAAUUUGAAGGUAUGGAUGAGCAACCCCUGAACCGAAGGAAAAGAAAAAGGACGGGCCCAGGUGUAAUGGGUCUGGGCGAUUUCACGCUGAGGCCGAUGGCUGGUGUUGUAAUAAGGGAGCCUGCGGCUGGCACGGGCAGGGUUCCCAGAGGUAUAAGGGGUCCUCCACCCCCAACUCAACCACCACCACCAAUUCCCUCGCCGCUGAAGACCCCUCCACCACCUCCCCAUACUGGAGAAAUGGAGGUGGAUCAGCGAACCCCUAACCCAAAGGAGGGGGUUCCCAAGGAGGUAUCAAACAAGGGGAGCGCUGCUGAGCUCCCUGGUGGUGAAGCUGCUGCCAAAGGGGUAGCUGAAGAGGUGGCUGCCACUGAAGAUGCAGCCCCCGAAGGCUUCACUGCUGAGAUUCGACAAGAGGUUGACGCCCUUACCAGUCAACCUGCUGGAGAAGAUGAGGAGGUCCGCGCUGAUGGGGACCGAAAUCGAGAGGGAGGGGAGACGAUUGACCCUAACAAGGCUGAAGAAGCCCCAUCAACGUCGUUCCCCUCCUUCAAGACCUUUCAAUCUGGGGACAUGGGCUUUUCAGCACGCCGAGUCUCCAUCCCUGACAGCGCUCGGGCUGAGAGCUGGGGAAAGCAUGGAGAGAACGCUAAGGCUUAUUUUGGCGGCUGCUCCCAACUGUCCAAGAUGGAACAUGUCCGAGAGUGGUCUGUCCGAGCAACUGCUGGGAUAGCCGAGCCUGGCCCUUCGAUCCCAGACCCCGCAUGGGUUGUCCACAAUCAUAAUCUGACCUGUGAGAUGAUUGACACUCUACAAGAAAGAGUGGGCAUCGCUGAAGCAGAGGCAAAGCUUGCUAAGCUGAAGCAGGAGAAAGCUGAAGACAGGGCUCAGCAAGUCGUGGAUUACUUCAACACUUUCUGCGAGGAAAUGGAGAAGGAAGUCCUGUCGAUUAUGGACGAGGGUGAGGCUCUCAUCAAAGCCUUCGGCGCUGUCAAUGUCAAAAGCCUCAAGACUAAAAUCGACCAGAAAAUUGACACUGAGGUCCAAUCCCGAGUGCUGGCUCGGGAAGAACUGUUUCGACAAAGGGUCAAGAUCUUGGAGAGGCAGAGGAUCACCAGCUUGGAGACUCAGCUGAACGAUAGGGAAGCUGAGUUAUCCCAAGCUCGGGACAAGGCCAAGCAAACGGAGCAGCAGCUCUCUGAUGCCGAGGGCAAGUUGAAGGAGCAGCAGGAGUCUUCCCAGAAGACCUUGGAGGAGGUUCAAAAGAAGUUGGCUGAUGCUGAGGCUCAGCUAGCCGUUAAAAUUUACUCCAGGGAGGAAUACUCAACUGCCUACAGGAACGAGUAUAGGGUGGCUCGUAGAUUGGCUCUCCAUGCAGCUCCUGAUUUGGACUGGUAUCAAUGUGAGAUUUGGGCUGAAGACCCCGAAGAUCCUCAUAUGGAAUAUGCCAGCCAGGCUGAGGUUGAUCUAGAAAAUCGCCUCCAAGCUGAGGAUUCUGAGGUUGAGGAAGCUUAG